UAAAAUAAAAAAUUCUGCAUACGAGCAUCACACGUUGAACAAAUAACCAUCAAACAUGUACUGUCGAAUGUUUUUCUUAUUAUUCUUCUGCCAUUCCAUAGUUUUUACUGAAAGUAAGAAUUUUGUGGUAAGGAGUACAGAUGCUAUCAAAGAAGAGAAAACCAAUGUCUCGAACUUUACUCAGGUUAAUCCUCAAAUCUAUUCUAUGCAAAUUUUCGCAAACGUCAGCAAUCGGUUUGCAAGAACUCUGAUAACAAGUAAAGUAAGAAAUUCGGAAAGCACCGCCCACGAAACAACUUUUUCAGUGGUCUUACCCGACAAUGCCUUCAUUUCAGAGUUUGAAAUGGAAAUUGAGGGAAAAAUCUACAAAGCAUACGUUAAAGAAAAAGAAGAAGCCAAAAAAAUCUAUCAAGAGGCUGUAUCCAGUGGGCAAAGUGCAGCUCACGUUGAACAAAGUACCAGAGACUCCAAAAUCUUUACGGUCUCUGUAAACAUAGAACCCGAAAGCAAAACAAUUUUUAGACUUGCUUAUGAGGAACUUCUUCAACGCCAGUUUGGUCGGUACGAACUUGUGAUCAACAUCCACCCUGGACAACUUGUUGAGGAUUUGGGUGUUGAAGUUCAUAUCAACGAAAGCAGACCACUGACGUAUCAAUCGGUUCCUUUUCUGCAAACUGGAAACGAAAUAAGUAAAAACCAAGAAAAACUAAACGAUUUUGUGGAGAUAAAUUCCAUUGACAAUAAGUCGAUCUGUGUUAAAUUCACUCCGGAUAUCGAGCAUCAACUGGAGUUUGCGAAAAGUCUUGGUGGUACGAAAGAAAGUGGUUUGGCUGGACAAUUUGUGGUGCAAUAUGACGUGGAAAGAGAUCCGCAGGGAGGAGAGGUUUUGGUCCGCGAUGGGUACUUCGUUCAUUUCUUUGCCCCAUCAGAACUGCAGCCUCUACCAAAACAUGUAGUGUUCGUUUUAGAUCACAGUGGUAGUAUGAUUGGGCGAAAAUUUGAGCAAGUGGUUGAAGCAAUGAAAAAUAUCUUGUCGGACCUUAUUUCUAAAGAUUUGUUCGAUAUUGUGUGGUUCUCCGAAGGUGCUUCUGUUUGGAAUGUCGCAACAAAUACUUUUAUGGACGCAAAUAUAUCUAAUUUACACUCAGAUUAUGGCCAUUUGGAACCACAUCUGAGAGAAACGAAUUUGCCUGAGGGUGCAAGCGUGUCCGACGAAAAUAUAGACAAAGCUAAAAAUGCCAUAGAAAAUUACGCCGACAUGGGAGCAACUAAUAUCAUCGGGGGUUUAGAAGUGGGUUUGUUUCUGAUUAAGAGAACUCAAGAGAAAUUUCCUGAUAAAUAUCAACCCAUACUCAUAUUUUUGACCGACGGUCUACCGAACGUUGGAAUUCACUCUGGUGAUGAAAUCAUCACACUUGUAUCAAAACUCAAUGAAGGAACAAAUCGGGCGCCAAUUUUCUCCCUAUCUUUUGGUGAAGAUGCAGACAAAGAUUUCUUGAGAAAAUUAUCUUCGCAAAAUCUGGGUUUUUCUAGACACAUUUACGAAGCAGCUGAUGCUUCCUUACAACUACAUAAUUUUUACCGUACUAUUUCUUUGCCUUUGUUGAGUGACGUGACUUUUAAAUACGUGGACGAGGUAUCAGAUGUGACCGAAGUUCAUUAUCCCCUACUUUUCAAUGGUAGUGAGCUGGUGGUAGCAGGACGAGCACCCGAAAAUUUAGACGUUUUGCUUAAUGUGACUGGAAGAUGUACUGCUGGUCCUGUCAAUUUCCAUACAGUUCAGUCUAGAUCUGUGAGUUCACUGGAAAGACUUUGGGCAUAUUUAACUGUCAAACAAAUGUUGCAAGAAACAGAUAGAGCAACAAAUACUACUGAACUAACGAAGAAAGCCCUCGAGUUAUCUUUAAAGUACUCUUUUGUCACUCCGGUCAGUUCUUUAGUGGUUGUCAAACCGAACGCUACGGAUUCUGUUGACACUAAAUCUGCAGGACCACAGCCAAGAGCAGAUGAAUCAACAUAUUCGUAUUCAAUACUUAGAAAAUCACAAUUUUCUACGACAUUUCAACCAUCAAGAAUGCUAUAUGCGGUAAAUCUCGCUGCAACAUAUGAUUCCGAAGAUUUUGUCGAUUACGAUGCAAUUCCCUCCAUUCCAGCAGCAGCUCCUCAGUGGCUCUCCAACCUCAGGGACAAUAAUCAAAAUAUAACAACUGCUGAAGGAACCUUCACACUGCGUACAAGUGGUGGUGAUUUGCCACAUCCUGAAUGCCCCAAAACACCCUUUAAUGGUACUGGUGUUUGUAUGUUUGUAUUCGACUGUCCACAAGUGUUUUCGUUCCUAGAUGAUCUUAAUGUAUAUUUGAAAUAUUUUUGCCCGCUUAACGAAUACGCAGGAGUGUGCUGUCCCAAAUGAUUCCUCUAAAAGUUACGGCUAAAACGAAGAGAUGACCGGAUUUUAUUCAAUUUUUAGAUGUGCUUAUAAUAAAAACGCUUUAAGUUUUCAUUGUUUUAUAAGGCCGUAAAUGUGUCUAUGAUAAAAUAAAAUUGUGCCUUACUA